AUGCAAUUCCUCACAACAAUCACCCUUGCCAUCAUGGCCACCGCCGCCUCCGCCACCAUCGACUACGGCAUUCAAGGAGGUAGCCACGUAGCAUGGCUCUCAGGCGACAACCCUUGUGGAGACUCCAAGUCCAUCACUUCAUCGAGCAGCAACCCUUGCGGGAUCAAUUUCACCUUGAGAAAUGGUGGUACUUAUCAGGUUAGUUCUUCACUUCUAAACUCCAGCAACCUUUAUGCAUCUUCUGUCUGCCAUAGCAGAGCAGGUGAGCUAAUAGACAUAAUGAUUCAGCUCCGCGACUGCGGAACUCCCUCUUUCGCGCUGUGGAAUAGCGAUGGCUCUUACAACCACAUCGGGGUCUCUCACAGCGGCAGUUUUGGGUGUAAUAGCCAGCCUGAUGUUCACCGUGAGUGGACAUUUUAG